CGUGUACGUCGGGCGGGACCACUGGGGCCCCCCGUUACCAGGGAGUCCUUUCGCCGGGUGCUAAUCUCUUUGCGCAAGUUCCAAAAGAAAAUCCCGGAUAUUGCGAAUGUACUGCAACGCAUCAAGGACAUGCCACACCUCCGGAGUCAGUUCCUGACGAGAUGUGGUGCAAUGAGGCAGAUAAUGUUUCUCGGGAUUGUGGAUGAGUGUGUUGCCGUGUUAGUCGCGAAAAGUCGCACCCAGGGACCCGAGGAAUGGCGUAUUCGGAGUAUGCGGUCUACGCCAUUCAGCGGUUCCUAGCUUCACUAACGACGGGUACCCUGAAGAUUGCGGGCAGAAUGGUGGACAAACUUCUGAGCGUUAUUGUGGGCAUGGAACAUCUGGACGACCCCAAUGAAUUGCGGUUUAGUGACCUUUUUGCGGAGCUGCAUCUGGCUGUAUUCUCCUAUAUGUUUUUGAUCAACAUCAGAUUCGCAGUACAUGCCUUGGCGUACGAGGUUCGGACUCACACAGGUGUAUCAAACAAGACUAUUCACUAUGACUCGACUUCCCAUUCCUCCAUACCUCCUGAAGGCUCUGUUUACCCUGGUUACUUCGGGUCAUCAUUUUCGGACAGAAACUGGACGAUGGGAUGGAACUGCGCACGACAAGCGACUAUGCUCCUGCUGUGAGACGGUGGAUACGGAGGAGCACAGGCCUUUUCGUGUGUCCGGCGUUCGAACCUCGUCGACAGCUAAUUUGGUCCAAGAUCGAAAUUCUGAGACCGCAAUGGACGACGCUGACAAAUU